CGAACCCAACCGCGGCAUCACCGGCGUUCGCCAUUAUCUCUCCGCCCAUUUCCGAUGCUCUCUCUGGCGAGAAGAAUUCAGAACUCCCACAGAUGCCUCCAGCUCACCGCAGCCCAGCUACGAUCGGUGCGAACCGACUCCGGCUCCGGCUCGCCAUCACCUCGUACGCGGCGGCGGCCGUCCAAGUUCUCACCGUCGGCGAUGUUGAGAAAAACAGAGGAUAAGUCGGAUUGGUGGGCCGUGGACGGAGAAAUGCACGAAAUCGGGGAGAACGUGCCGCUCCGGGAAAGGUUUGUGAUCCCUAGGGAUAAUAUUCCUAACAAGCGCCGCAAGCAGCUUCGAGAGCAGUUCAUGCGCCGUACUCGCCUCGUCCUCAAGGAAUCUGAACACGAGCCUUGGUGCAAAAGAUACAUGGAACUAUAUAAUGAGCUUAGAGAGAAUUGGGAGAGGUUGUACUGGGAUGAUGGUUAUUCGAAGAAACUUGCUCAAGAUCACGCGAAUUAUGACUCGACUGAUGACGAUGAAGCAGAUUUCAAUCCUAACAGGACGAGAGAACCCCGAGCUGAACUAAUCAAGGAACAAAUCAUGGGGAGGAACAUGGGAAAUGAUACUAGGGAAAAGGUUAGCCAAAUCCGAGGGAAAUUUGAAUAUGACAGAGAGAGAAGGAUGAGAGAAAAAGCCUUUGCACCUAUGAAUGGAGUAAAUGACUUUGAGAUGAAUAGAGCAGUCCAGAAGAACGAGCCCUUCGACAUCAGUAAAUACAUUUCCGAAUCUGAUAACGAAUGAUUGCAGACUGAAAGGUUUUGACUGAAAUCAAGUCAACAGACUCUGACCUGAAUUAUCAGAAACAUACUGGUCAAGCUGUUAGCUAUGGUACUACAUAGUUACGACUUUUAUGUGUACUCGUGGGGAUGUAUAAGAAUGACAGUAUGUGCCAUAGAAACUGGAAUUUCGGGAAACGAAAUAUUGGGACAUUAUAGAUAGUUUAUGUUUUAUUUGGUGAUUUAUUAUAAAUUUAGUAAAGAGUAGAUUUGCUUGAGAUUGAUUCUGGUCAAGUUUUAAUGUAAUGUAAUCCAGGCCUUGUGGAUCAAUGAAUUUUGUGCACUGUAUACGUCUUGGAUCGAGUUUUCAAAUGGUACUAUGUCCGUUUCGUAUUAUAA